GGCUACCGACCAGGCCAGCGAGCCGAGGCAGAGUGGGGAGCCCAGAUGCACAGUGUGCUACUGAGCUCCUGAAUGCGCUAGCCCUGCGCGCGGGGCUCUCGACUCCUCCUCUAGGACGGCCUUGGGUCCCUCGGCCUCCGGAGCCUAGUCCCAGACUCUCCCCGGGCUCCUUGCUGUGGGAACCCCACCCCAUCUAUCCUCUUCGCCUCGGGCUGCUUCCUUAGGGUCCUGGAGCAGCCUCUGGCAGCCCAGCUCGCAGGGGCUCAAGGGGACUCUGUGAGCUACAGUGGGACCCGCGAGGGACCCGGCGCGCAGUGUCCUUGGCCCCGAGAUGACCCGCCUCGUUCCGGACACAGGGAGCCGGAAAGGUCUGUCCUGCUGUCCGCUGUUGCAAGGUUGAUUUCUCCGCACAGGAACAGACAGUUCUACACUUCGCAGAGUGUGCUUCUAGUGACUCUUUUUACCUGUCUUCGGGUGGCUGCAAUUCCGGAGAAGUUUUUCCUGGCGCUGAGCACGCGUUCCCCAGCAGUGUUUUUCCGAGUUCCCGAACACCCAUCUCGAUGGACACCUUAUCCCCUGCUGCUGAUUUUGUUUAAAAACCACGAAUUCUGUUGUGCUGAUUUGUCAGCCUCCAAUUUCUGCUGAUGCUAUGAUGAAAACACAAUGCCAGUUCCUCCCUUUGUAACCCUUCUGUGAAACGUUGUUAGCUUUGCUCAUCUUUCACCUUCUAUAAAGAUGUCUGAGCCCGACUCCUCAUCCGGAUUUGCAGGAAGUGUGGAGAACGGAACUUCCCUUGAGCUGUACCCUACGUCACUGUCCGCAUCAGUGGACCCGUCCUCUGGCCGUCUGUCCAGUGUCUACAUCUAUGUUUCCAUAUUCCUCAGCCUCUUAGCCUUUCUGCUUCUGCUUUUAAUCAUUGCCCUCCAGAGGCUCAAAAAUAUCAUCUCCUCCAGUUCUUCCUACCCAGAGUAUCCAAGUGAUGCUGGAAGUUCCUUCACCAACUUAGAAGUCUGUAGUAUUUCCUCUCAAAGGUCCACUUUUUCCAACCUUUCAUCCUGAAAAGAAAUGGAAAAAUUCUUAAAAGCAAUAGCAGCUUAGGUUUUGCCUCAUGGGGAGUGUUGCCUCAUGGAAGUCAUGACCUUUUGGUUUCAACCUGUUCUCAUCCUUCGUCAUUGAUUCCUUUGCUGUUCCUGAUGCUUUUGUUUGUGAAUGAGGAAGUCCGUGCUGACAGAAAUGAGCACUGACUUUGAGGUCAAGAAUUUCACACGCGCCUUUUGACAGAUCUGGAGCUGGCUUCUUCGAAGUGGAGCAGCAUUUAUUGAAUGCCGUGAACUCAAGUAAGAAAGCCUCACAGUGAAUGCUGGCUGUGGACUUUUUUCCUUCAUUUUCCUGAAACCAGUUGAGCCCGCAGAAACUAGAAAAAUGAAGUCUGAACUAUGUAAGAAAUAUUUUCCUACUUGACAGAUAAAGUGGAGGAGAUAUCAAAUUUUAAAAAGAAAGCCAAUUUAGAUCGAAUGCAUAUUUCUAAAACUGGAGAUUAAAAAUAUGCUAAAUCUUUUUCAUUUCACUUUAACAAAUGAAAAUCACAUUUAUUCAUGAAUAUAAGUCAUUUAGAAAAGUUUUGGAAGAGUUUAUAACUUUGAAUAUCAAUGUGUCAUGAUGCAGUUUAUAAUGCAUUUCUGCUUCUUGAGGUUUUCUUCUACUUAUCUCGUAGCCGGAAUGAUCCUCAAUUGUGCAAUUCUUGGUGAUAAUUGUUAUUCCUAUUGCUCAGAGAAGCACCGGGAGAGACAUUAAGACAUUUUUAUUUUAGAUUAAUAAUUUCCAUUGGUGAGAAUUAAGAAUAGGGAAAAUAUUCAUCUACUUAUACUUUAUACAGUAAUGACUCCAAGUAGUUUUGUAUGUUCCUUUAUUCGGUGUCAUAGUUUUUAUAAUUUCAGUGCAUAAUCAUAUUACGGCCCCAAAAUGUCAGUGCUUCAUGGUCAUUCACAUUAGGUUGCAAAAUUUAGAGACUAAAUUGCUAGCAUACAUGUUAUUAUAUAUGACACAAAUGUUCCAUUUCUCUGGUAAAUAGUUGUUGCAUGUUAAUAUAAUACUCUGCAUUCGGACUCCAGGAUGUGAGAUUAUAUUAAAAUUGUAGCAAUGCCAGUUGUGGAGCUGCUGGAAGCUUUAGUAAUCCUGGGGCUGCCACACUGUGAUGGUCAGGUACACUUGAAUUUGGAGAAGGGAGGGACGUCACGAAAUUCAAUAUGCACAUGAACACGGGUGAGGAAUGUGGAGGAAAUGAAACUGCCACUAAAAGCAAAACAAAGUAAACAAACUAGAGCUUCUCAAGAAUAAGAAUUUUAAUUUAAUUUUUAAAAUAAAUGGCCCACAGAACAAAUACCUAACUUAGUGUGUGGCCAUUGUAUCAACGCGCCAUAGUCUUCCCCAUGGCUACCAAAUCAUUCCUUGCCUAAAAUACUUCAUAAACUUAAGUGGUGGCUGCAACACUUGUUUUGGUUGUAGAAUCAACACUGCAGGAAUGAGAACGGAGAAACAAUCCAUCAUUUUGCAAUCUAUCUUUGUCAUUCUAGAAAGUAAUGUCAUUCCAGAUGAGGACUGGAAAUGUGGAUCAAAAGUCACUUUUUAAAUCCAUAACCCUCAUUUAAAUCAGACUACAUUUAACUCUUUAUAUAUCAAAAAAUCUCCAAACAUCAUAAGACCAGCACAAACUUGCUGCCCUAAAAUGUAUAAUGAGUGAAAAAUUUAUCUCUGCUGAUAUUUAAAGCAUAACAGUGGGUUGUUUGUUACUAUGUAGCAUAAAAUUUGGACUAUAGAGACUGCUGCUUUAGAUCAUUAUUAGCAUUCUCUAAGUAUACAUAUGUAUGUACAUGUAUGUGUGCAAAUAUAUUUUUAUGUGUAUGUUCACAUGUCCCAGUUAGAAGUCGUGUGAAAGCUCUACAGGAUUACAGACAUCUAUAGUACCAGUUUUGCUCUUUGAUUAUUCUUGUGCUAUUGUGGUUAUUGAGGAGGAAGAGGCAUGGGUAAAGUGAGUUUAAAAAAACAAAAGGACAAAUGCCCCUCCAUAUGAUUAUGAUUUAUCCUAAUGUGUAGCUUUAUAGCCUUUCAUUCUGGAAGAAACACAGACUUCUGAUAGCAAAA